AUGCAGAGCUUCACUUUUGCGCCGCCGACGCUGGCGCCGCGCGAGAACCAGCGCAAUUAUGUAUUCGUAGAUGAACACAACAGACACAAGCGCUUGAAAGUAAUGAGAGCAUGCGAAGGCUGCCGCAGACGCAAGAUCAAAUGCGAUGCCGCUACGACGAAUGCAUGGCCUUGCGCUGCCUGCAUCCGCCUGAAACUCAACUGUGUACCACCAACAGUCAGUUACGACAAGGACUACAACGGUUCCCAGACUUUUGAUCUGGAACCCAAGCCGUUGGAGUAUGCUUCGGAUGUGCCGUCCCAACAUGAAUUCCAACGGCAACCAUCCAUGACCCAAGCCAUGCCUCAUCAAAUGCCGCUUUCCAUGGCCGGUGCUGCCCAAGGCAUGUAUCAGCCUUCGCCCUACGUGGACCAACAGUCGCAAGACCAAUGUCACUAUCAGCCCUUGUCGCAGCCUCAGGUAGUCCAGCAGACAAUGGGCUAUGCUCCCCAACAACCCUACCCACAAGCAUCACCCGCACCACCAACUAUCUUGACUCCACCCGAGUCAGAACCUCACUGGCGAAGCGAUUCUGCCUCAAGCUUGUCUGAAGCUCUGGGCGAACUCAAGAUAGACCACACCGCUGUCGCACCCUAUAUCACAAACAUGAAGAAGGCACUAGCCGAAACACCAGCUCAAGAAGAAUACGAGGUACAAUUACCACAAUCCGUCAGCCUGGACCACACCGUCCGCAUACCACCAGAAAUGAUGCCCUCGGAUGAUCAGGCUCUACAGUAUUUUGACUAUUUCUUCACCAACGUACACCCCUAUUGUCCAGUCAUCAACAAGGCCUACUUCUAUCAGCAAUGGCACAGUGCGCCAGACUCAAUCUCGCCUCUCAUGCUCGAGGCCAUCUUUGCCUGCGCUACGUUGAUGCUCGGAGACGUGGACGAAGGCAACAAGUGGCUAGCGCUUGCAACGAGGCACGAAGAAAGUUUUAGAGACGUAUCGCGACUCAGCACAAUGCAAGCCAUGACUCUUCUUCUCAAGGCUCGCGAAGCAUCGCCAAAGCGCGGGUACUUUUGGCGCUCCUGGAUGGCUGCUGUCAGCCUUGUUACAAUGGCAAAAGACUUGGAGUUGCACGAGCAUUACGACAUUCAUCAAAUGGGAAAGUCGUGUGGCUCAACUCCGCACGACUGUGUUGCAAAGACGAGGGUGUGGCAGAUGUGCAUGGUUUUUGUGGUAAUGAUUGGCGGUCCGCAAGGUCGCUAUGAUUUCGGUGUUGACAUUGACACUGUCGAUUUGGAAAUGCCCAGGUCAGUUGCUGGACAGGAUCCUGCAGAGGUCCAGGUCGCGCGUCAGUUCGUCCAGUUUUGUCGCGUUGUCAGAAACGUUUAUCAUUCGGCCUCGAUAUUCAAAAAGCUAAAGAAAAGGACACCGGACUGGCCAUUGGACCCUAUUUUCGUGGCUCACAAUACCGACUUUUCCAUCUGGCUUCGAGAAUUGCCCGAGGAUAUGCAGCUUGUCUACCCCCAGGAUGGUUCAGCCCCAUGGAUCCCGUCUCACCAUGUUGCAAACAUGCACAGCUAUCACUACCUGGCCACCGUAAUGCACUUCCGACCUCAAUUACAUGCGGUGUCUGACUCGUAUGACGGCAUAUGGAAACAACAUAUGCUCACGUGUUACUCAGCUGCCAAGAGUCUAUGCAAGCUCCAGGAGGCUAUCCUCAAGACUUACGGCAUGCCUGGUCUGUUGUGCGCGGUACGAGGCAUCAGCUUCCACAUCUAUGCGCUGCUCACCUGCACCAUGCUUCAUCUAGUGGCCGUGACCUGCCCUGAUCCAGACAUCAACCACGACGCCAGAGAAUUUUUCGUGAGGCACAUGCGCGUUCUGGAAACCAUGUCACCUUCGUUCCCAAUGCCCGAGAUGCAACAGCAAAUCAAUAGCCUGCGCCAAGCCUUCUCGGCUGACUGCUCCAAGCCAUUUGAGCUGAAACCAUCGUUUCCCUUUGGAAGUCCUCAGGUGGCCCCGCAAACGAGCCCCAUGAGCCACCAAGGCUCUUACCGGUCUCGUCACGCAAGCCAUUCAUCGCCGAUGGAACAACCAGGUCAGGUCAACUACCAUGCACUUCCCAUUACUCCACCAAUCUCGGCAUCCGACCACGGAUCAAAGGCUGACUCUCCAGUAGCCCAGUCUUUGGUCAUGAUGGCUUCGGGUCAACGUGCGCCUCAGUCCGCAUCUAACUUGCAAAUGCCGGACAAUGUUCAAUGGAAUCCACAACGCAUAUUUGAUCAAUGGAAUGUUGCCUUUGGUACGCCCCCUCCUACUAGCGCCUCUUCCCAGUCUUCCCCGCCGCUAAGACCCACUCCUUCAGGAACCAGCUACGACAUGCGACAGGCGCAGGAAACCAUGCAACCCGGCUACCAGAUGGCCAACACCUCUCCGCAGUCCAGCCACAUUCAUGGCGCGUCUGGUCAAAUGCCGCCAUCGUCGACUUAUAGCAACCCUGCGCCCGUUUACGUCACUCCAACCAUGUGGCAGGAGGCCGUCACCAGUUCUUUACCAGAUGGCCUCAAGCGCAGGUGGGAUAGUAACUCUAUGCCGGACCAGUCCAUGUACAAACGAUCGCGUUGA